CGCCUGAACAAAAGAAGUCACCAAAAUGCCGAAGAUUUCGCGCCACCGCAACUACCGCAAGACCUACCGCACGCCGUCGCGCGCCUUCGAGAAGGAGCGCCUCGACCAGGAGCUCAAGCUCCUCGGCGAGUACGGCCUCCGCUGCAAGCGCGAGAUCUGGCGCGUGCAGUACGCGCUGUCCAAGCUGCGCAAGGCCGCCCGUGAGCUGCUGACGCUGGACCCCAAGGACCCCAAGCGCAUCUUCGAGGGCUCGGCCCUGCUGCGCCGCCUCAAGCGCUACGGCAUGCUCUCGGAGGACGAGAACGAGCUCGACUUCGUGCUGCGCCUGAACGUGCAGAAGCUGCUGGAGCGCCGCCUGCAGACCAAGGUCUUCAAGCAGAACCUGGCCAAGUCCAUCCACCACGCCCGUGUGCUGAUCAAGCAGCGCCACAUCCGCGUGGGCAAGCAGCUCGUGGACGUGCCCUCCUUCCUGGUGCGCAUGGACUCGGAGAAGCACAUUGACUUCGCCGUCACGUCGCCCUACGGCCAGGGCCGCCCUGGCCGCGUCGCCCGUCGCCGCGCCGCCCAGCGCGCUGCCGCCGGCGGCGAGGAGGACGAGGAGUAAGCUGUUGAUCAUUCGAUAGCUUGUUGACUUCGUGCUCUUUUGGCUCUUUCUCUCUCUCGGCUGCGUCUGGCGCGCGUGGGAUCGACUGACUACAGGAACCUCUCGACGGUCGCGCGCGGACGACCAGCUUCGGAGUUUGUUUUUCGGGGGGUCAGCAAUGGCGUCCGAUAAAUAAAAUAUCAUGCGAAUUUGGGGACUUCA